AUGAUUGGUUUCUAUCCGUCUUUCUUGGUCAUUGUCUUGGGGACUUUGGUUUCGGCGGAGUCCUCCCUGUUCGGUAUCGAUAUCGACAUCUCCCUGCCGGAGCAAUUGUGUGGAAGUCAGAAUAUUGCUGAGCGGAAGGAAUGGGGAGAGUUGGAGCGAGCUGAGCGGAUCGACUAUACCAAUGCGGUAUUGUGUUUGCAAGGGAAGCCCCAGCAUCUUCCAAGAGAGGAGUACCCAGGCGUGCGGAACCGAUUCGAUGAUUUUGUGGCCACCCAUAUCAAUUACACACUCAAUGUCCAUCUGAGUGGUCUGUUCCUCCCGUGGCACCGUCACUUCCUCUGGCUCUGGGAGAAAGCCCUGCGAGACGAGUGUGGGUACUCUGGAUAUCUGCCGUACUGGAAUUGGCCAUUAUGGUCGGAAAACCUCAAGGCCAGCCCGCUCUUCGACUGCAGCGACAGCUCCCUCUCGGGCGACGGGGAACACAAUCCCGACGAACAAAACCUUUCCGGCGGCUCAAUAACCAUACCCCGAGGAUCGGGCGGUGGCUGCGUGCGAUGCGGACCCUUCAAAGACAUGAUCGUGCACAUGGGCCCAUUCGACCGCAACAUCGUCUCAUUAACCAAACUUCCCGCGCCAGGCUUCGAUUACAACCCGCACUGUUUCAACCGAAGUCUGAACAAUUUCGUCAGCAGCAACUACGACAACGAGACCAUCGUCGACCGACUCCUGGCCGCGCCCAAUAUUUCCGAUUUCCAAACCGUCAUGGACUACUGGCCCGCACGGCCGGGCGGGGUGCUGGGCGUGCACGGCGGCGGGCAUUUCAGCCUCGGGGCCACCCUGCAAGAUCUGUUCACGUCUCCACAAGACCCGGCUUUUAUGCUGCACCACAGUAUGAUCGAUCGGACGUGGAGUAUCUGGCAGGCGAAGGACGAGGGGCAUCGGUUCGCACUCAACGGUACGAACCGAAUUCUGAAUCCGCCGGACGCGCCGCUUGUUACGCUUGAUAUGGAGAUGGAGUUCGGUGUUCUUGAUCGGUCUCGAUCGGUCGGGGAGGUUAUGGAUCCGACGGGAUUCCGAUAUUGUUAUUCGUACAGUUAG